UAUAUAUAUAUAUAUAUAUAUAUAUAUAGGGUAUCACAUUGCCCUUUUAGUUCCGGCAGUGGAAGGCUGGCCACGAUGAUCUACCUGGAAUCAUUUGGCAAUUUUUUCCCGUCUUUCGAGAAAGAGGAAAUUGAAAAGAUUUUCAAACAACAUCAUUAUGGAAAUGUUGAAAGAAUAUGGGUCACUCCAGGCCUUUUACUUGCUUCCACUGAUGGUGACCAAGUCCUGCAUCCAAUAUGUACUCAUUCAGCUGCUUCUUCCUCGUCCAGUGUCCAUUGGUCUCUCCACAUUCAAACAGAAUCAACAGUCCUUGAUGUCUUAAUCAAUGCUAAUCCUUGUAAUCCAGCUUUAGCUACCAUCAUAUAUGUUGUUGAAGAGUCUGGCCAUGUCCAAUGCUGGCAACAGAGCAACACCACCUAUGUGUGGAAGAUGGUGUACCGACUCCACCUGGCUAACAGUCAUGUGGAUGUCUUAACGCCAUCCGAUCCCCUCACCUCAUCCGACUUGACCAGCACCCGAGUAACCAGUGCCUGCCUCCUACCUGAACAUCAUCUGUUGUACUGGUGUGAACAACAACAACGUCAAGGGACCAACAGAAACAGGAACACCAUCUACAAACUACAGCUUCCUGGUAGCACCAUUGAAGAUAGCAGUUCCCAGAAGAUGCCAAUAGAGAGACAAACCAUUCUGCAGAACUGUCCGCCCUGUUCCUUGUAUAACCUCAGCUGCAGUAUUCUUAUCAUCCCUGACGAAAUGUAA